CAUGAAGAUCCUGUUCCUGCUCUUCCCCCUGAUCCUCCUGUUGGUCCAGGGUGCUGCAGGAUCCUCCUUGGGACCAAAAAAUGAGAAGCAAUGUUGGCGAGAAAAGGGAUUCUGCUCACUUUUAAAUUGCUCUUUCCCCUAUGGCAUUGCGGGAAAAUGUUCCAGAUUUUACUUUUGCUGCAAAAAGUAAGUUUUGGAAUGACAAAAGCUGCUGUCAUGGCAGAAGGUAUUCAAAGGCUCCUGACUAGCAAAAGGCUCAGCACUCUUUGGGCUCCAAGGCAGAGCUGAGGGGAGGGAAGGGAAGGUGCUUGGAGCUCCUUGAGUGGGGCUGCAGCAGCCCCAGGUCAGCCAGGGCCUCCCCAAUCUCCUCCAGCCCCCAGGACCUCAUUCAGACUUUGCAGAGGACUCAACCACUCACCAAAGAGUGAAGCUUUCCCUGUCCUUGGGCAGCACUGAGGACAUGAUCCAGGUCCUGCUGCACCUGCACAGAGCUGGAGCCAGGGC